AUGACACCAAUCAGAGACGGAGGGUUUUGGGAAGAGGCUGAGAGGGAUGCUGCACAUAGUAUAACUGGGAUUUGGGGGGGGAAAAAGCAUUACCUUGAGGGGCUUAGAAGCAGUGAAGCAAUUCUCUCUUCCAACUGCCUUUCCACAUUGGAAAAAUUGUAUGGAAAACCAGUCACACUUGCAGAUAGAGAAACGGUGGAGGAGAAGGCCGACCAAAUUCUAAGUGCAGCUGCUGCUUCUAACGUGGCUUUCCUUGUAGCUGGAGAUCCUUUUGGAGCUACAACUCACUCUGAUCUUGUUGUUCGAGCCAAUAAGUUGGGGAUAUAUGUCAAUGUGGUGCAUAAUGCAUCGGUGAUGAAUGCAGUUGGAAUCUGUGGCUUACAACUCUACCACUAUGGAGAGACAGUUUCAAUUCCAUUCUUCACUGAAACUUGGAGGCCUGAUAGCUUUUACGACAAGAUUCGAAACAAUCGUGGGCUUGGACUGCAUACUCUCUGCUUGUUAGAUAUACGCGUGAAGGAACCGACUCUGGAAUCUUUGUGCAGUGGAAGGAAGCAGUAUGAACAACCUAGACAUAUGUCAAUAAACACUGCAAUUGAGCAGCUUUUGGAGGUUGAGGACAAUCGAGGAGAAUCUGCAUAUGAUGAGGACACUGUGUAUUGGGUUUGCUCGGCUGGGAAGUAA